AUGCCGUCAGCCGCUCACGACGUCUUGGACUGGGGUUCUUUCAACCGGAACCAAGAAGAAGCUGGCGAAGGAAACACCAGUCCUGAGUUGAUUGACCCGUUUUCCAAGAUAUCUGGUGAGCCCCAGGUGCUCCAGCCCUCCCGGCCGCGACGAUACUCGACAUUCACUCAAUCGGUGAAGCACAGCAUUUCUGAGAUUCGCUCUCUCACCAGACGUAUGUCGCUGACUGUCCGAGGAAAGAGCUCUAAACAAAAGGAGGAGGUGGGAGAGAAUAAGGGAUCACAAGUGUUGCCGGUGAAACCAGGCACAGGAGUGAUGGACCUGACCGAUGCCAUGUCUACCAGACCCAAGUCUCGUGGAAGGUUAUUGCGAAGCCCUAGUGCUCGGAGGAGGACCUCUCUGCCUUUGCUCAACUUCCAUACUCCCCCCGAGUUCCAAGCAGACUUGGACAAUCCACUAUCGGCACGAUUCCGAGGACACCCCGUCCUCUCGGACCUCGUGUACGGAGGAGCUGAAGCGCGUGCCUCCGCUGCAGCUCAGAACGAACUGUUCCAUGCCACGAGGACGCCCCCUCUCCCGCCCUAUGAGCCUCCUGAGUCAGAAAUCGACAAGCUUGAGCCGGAUGCGGAGAGUGGGAUCGGUAUUGUUCUCGACAGUGGUGCCCGGCGUGGGUCAUCACCGGCAAAUGUUCAUGUCAUAUGUAGGGACCCCGUGUCGGUCCUUGCGACAGAGUUGAUUGAAUCGAUCCUCUCGUACCUCGACGUGGAGUCGCUUAUGCAGGCUUCACUCGUCUCCCACAAAUGGAACGACCUCUGUCAGUCACAGGCUGUCUGGCGGAGAAUCUUCAUGCAGGAGUAUGGGCCCAAAAACGAAUUGCCAGCGGUUGGAGUGCGUCUUGCUGGAACCGGCAAAAACAAGCCAGGGCAGGAGGAUUACAGGAAGCUCUUUGAGGUGCGGACUCUGAUCGACAAGCGCUGGCGCAACGGAGAAGCCGCUGCCAUCUACCUUAACGGCCACAAAGACAGCGUCUAUUGCGCGCAGUUCGACGAACAGAAGAUCAUUACCGGCUCACGUGACAAUACAAUUCGGGUAUGGGAUGCCCAUACAUACCAAUGUAUCCGCAAAUUGGGGCCGCCAAACAACCCCCGAGAACGACAAUCGGUACAGAUUCCUCUUGCGGAACCAGAAGGAGUUGUUCCAUUCUUCAAAGCCUACGUUUCCUCGCCGGCGCCACCCUCCCCGGAGAUUCCUUUAUACCACCAGGCCUCGGUGUUGUGCCUGCAGUAUGACGACGAGAUCCUCGUGACCGGGUCGUCUGAUUUCUCCUGCCUGGUGUGGUCGAUUAAAGAGGACUACAAACCGAUGUUCCGGCUAAUUGGCCAUCACGCCGGGGUCCUGGAUGUCUGCAUUGACAAGGAGCGGAUUGUGACAUGCUCCAAGGACACUACGAUCAAGAUCUGGGAGCGGUCCACGGGCAGACUGAUCAAAACGCUCCUUGGACAUCGUGGGCCCGUCAAUGCCGUCCAGGUCCGAGGCAAUUUCUUGGCGAGCGCUAGCGGCGAUGGUAUGGCCAAGUUGUGGCGUCUGGAAGACGGUGUUUGCAUCAAAGAGUUCCAGUCCAAGGAUCGUGGCCUGGCCUGCGUUGAAUUUUCCGAGAAUGGUCGUACGAUAUUCGCAGGGGGUAAUGACCGGGUUAUCUACGAGUACGACACGGUCACCGGCCAGCGCAUCCGCGAGAUGAAAGGGCACAAAGACCUGGUACGGUCGCUCCAUCUUGACUCAGCCAAUUCGCGCAUCAUCAGUGGCAGCUACGACCAUUCGAUCAAGGUAUGGGACGCGGAAAAGGGGGAGUCGGCCGAAGACGGAGGGCUCAAGAUCAAUUUUGAGGGGUGGUCGUCGAGUUGGAUACUCGCGGCAAAGAGCAACUACCGCAAGAUUGUGUGCACGAGCCAAGACGCAAGGGUGGUCAUCAUUGACUUUGGUUAUGGCAUUGACGGAGUUGAAUUGGUCGAGUCAUGA